UCGCACGUAACGCACGCUGCAGCGGAACUACUGGCUUGUGUGCUUCGGAUCGGAAUUCGCAUUGAGUUUGGUUUUCGAUUUCGAUUUCGGUUUCGGCUGCUCUCGGAUUUAUCGGUCGGUUUGCUCCGCUUGAUCGGUUGGCCAACUGCAACUGCAACUGUGCAUUCGGCAGUUGCGAUUGAUGGACUGCAGUUGCCGCGCCACGCAAACUCUGACCUCUGACCCCGGACGGACAAUCAGCGGGUUCUGUGACUGAGAAAGGGCGCUUUUUAUGAGGGUCCGCGCCAUCAACCGCCAGAAUAUCUCAAAUAAAAAGUCCAAUUUCGGCUUUUGGUUUUUUUUGUGCUGCCGGGUUUUUCGAUUUUAGCAUUUCGCAUUUCGCAUCUCGCAUUUCUCGAGCUUGUCGACGUCGUGUGCGCGGUCUUCAUAAAUUAUACAAGAGCGCAUUUCGCGAACGACUUGCAAAUAAAUAAGCAUUUACGCUUUUAUUAUUGCCCGGCGUGUGUGUGUGUGUGAGUGUGUGUUUUUGGAGCUGAAGGAGUUCUUUGGAAAAAGCUCCCAUGUGGCGCAAGUCGGAGGAAUAAGAAAAAAACCGAGGGUUCCCCACUUAAAAAAUAUAUCAUCUUUGCAUACAAUCAACAUCUAGCCAUAAAAUUGUGUUCUUCAAACCAUAAGAAUAUAGGCAUUUCGGUCUGAUUUGUGUGCGCUGAUAAGCCAGUGAUUGCCGGGCAUAAAGCCAAAGCCCCAAAACGCGCUCUUCGAAGCCCCCAACACAAAGAUAUCUCAAGCAGAUGGAGCAAAUGCCUUGCUCCCUCGGAGACAACGCGGCGUAUACUUAAUCUUGUCAACGGGCCAAAGCCAAAGCACGGCUAAGCAAACAUGAACUGCCUCUGUCGCCCAUCACGGAUUAUGUCCGUGCGCAUUAAUUUGCUGGAUGAAACCGAGUUUAUACACGAGAUCAAGGAUGAUUUGCCCGGCCAGGCUCUGCUGGAUGUCGUCUUCGCCAGGCUCAAUUUAAUCGAGACCUCAUACUUCGGCAUACGUUACAUAGACGACGAGAAGCAGACGCACUGGCUAGAUCCUGCGUCGCGCAUCUCCCGUCAACUGAAACCCAAGUCGGAUCCCUAUGACUUGUACUUCGGUGUGAAGUUCUACGCCGCCGAUCCCUGCAAGCUGCUGGAGGAAAUAACCAGGUAUCAACUUUUCCUGCAAGUCAAACAGGAUGUCCUGCAGGGACGACUGCCCGUGGCUUUUGAGCUGGCUGCCGAGCUGGGAGCCUUUGUGGUGCAGUCCGAACUUGGUGACUAUGAUCAGCGGCGCCAUUCGAAGGGCUACGUGUCCGAGUUCCGGCUGCUCCCCAACCAGAGCAACGAGCUGGAAACCCGCGUCUCCGAGCUCCACCAGCAGCUCAAGGGAAUGUCGCCCUCCAGUGCGGAGCUCAACUAUCUGGACAAAGUCAAAUGGCACGAUAUGUACGGCGUGGAUUUGCAUCCCGUUCUGGGCGAGGACAGCGUGGAGUACUUCCUGGGCCUGACUCCAAGCGGGAUUGUCGUGCUGCGCAACAAGACGACGGUGGCUCAUUACUAUUGGCCGCGCAUUGCCAAAGUUUAUUAUAAAGGACGCUAUUUUAUGCUCAGGAUAAGCGAUAAAAAUAACGAGCUGAGCACCUACGGAUUCGAGACGCCUCGCAAGUCGGCCUGCAAGCACUUAUGGCGCUGCUGCGUGGAGCACCAUGCCUUCUUCAGGCAGGUGCGAGUGGCUCCUCUGCCCAGUUCGCAGUCGCAUGCCGCCGAUUUGUUCCAGCUGGGAUCGCGCUUCAGGCACAGUCGCCCGGACAAGCAAACGGAGAAGGAUGCACUUUCCGCCGGACGAUCGCCGCCCGCCUUCACCCGUACUCCCUCGAAGCGCCAGCCGCGCCGCGUGAUUGAUGACUUUUUUAACAGCCACAGCAAUGGAAAUGGCCAUGGCCAUGGCAAUGGGAAUGGGAAUGGGAACGGAGCAAGUGGCGCAAGUGGAGCGGGCACAUUAGGAGGCGGCAGCCACAUGGGCAACAGGCCGCUGCCCCAGCCCGGAAUGGGCACCAUCUCCAACAACUACGACAGCCCCUAUCGCUCCACCUACAGCAUACCCACCAGCUUGGGCAUCAGACCCUGCCACCAGCAGCAGAACAACAACUCCAGCAGCUACAACAACAACAGCGGGGGCAACCUGCAAACGCCCGACUCCCCGAGGAGCACGCGGAGUGCUCCCUGGCCCAGAUCCCAGCAGCGAUCCCUCUUCGGCCACAAUCCGUCGAGUCCGCGUUCCGUGAGAUCGGCGAGUACGGCCGGCGGCGGGCUGCACCACCAUCACAGCCACCACAGCCACGGCCACGGCACCAGCCACCAUCCGCACCACCAGUCCUCGACAGCGGGGGCCACCUCCUCGUCCUCGCAGCACCACCGACAGCAGCGGGCCAGCUCCUCCUCCGCCUCCCAUCAGCAGCAGCGAUACCGCUCCAGUUCCGUGGAGAGCCACUCCUCCAACGACUCGCGGUCCACGCGCAAGCACAAGCACCGUCAUCGCCGCACCUCUGAUAACGAAAGCGAGCUCUCAAGAGGAUCAGGUCGCUCUGGAAGAUCAGGACGCUCGCAUCAUCGCAAGCACCGCCGUUCGCACCGGCAUCGAAGGGAUUCAGCCGGAGGAUCCGACCACGACAGCACCCGAGGACGCAGCUACUCCGGCCAUCGCAGCUCCUCGAUGAGGAGUGGAAGUGCUGAGCUCAUCGACUCCACGUCGCAGUGGAGGGAAGUGCAACGUCGCCAGGCGGAGGCCAGCUUGGGCCAGAGUUCCGUGCAGCAGGCGGCUGUCUCCAAGAGCAGCAUGGUGGCCAGGAGUCUCCACAGCAACGACAGCCACUCGGACACCCAUUCGCACCACAAGUCCAGGAGGCAUCGCAAGAACAAAUCCCCAUCGGAAUCGCGAAGCCGCAUGUGGAACAGUGAGCUGGCGAAGCACCUGCAGUUCGACCUGGUGGACACGGAGGGCAUGUCGGAGCAGCAGCUACGGGAGAUUCCCUACACGGUGGUGGAGACCACCUCGAAGAGGUCCAACUCGAACCUGAAGAUCCACAAGAGCAACAGCAAGAGCAGCGUGGGAGCCAAGAGCACGGGAUCCGGCAACACCAUCACCAAUGGCAGUGGAUCGGGCAAUGCGGGUCAGGCCAGGAAUCGCGUCGAUCGCAUCAGGGGACUUUACUAUCAAAGCACGCAUCCACACGAGGCCAACGGAGGUCCUGGAGCUGGAGGACAUGCGCCCAAGAAUGGAUCCAUACGGUCGGCCAGCACCAUAUCCUCUAGGGAGUGUGAGCGGAACAAUGGUCUAGUUAGAAUGAUGAGCAGCAUGAGCAUGGGCGACUUCAUCUCGCCCACUGGCUCCAAUCUGAGUCCCUUGGAGAACUCGGCUCUGCGCGUGUCCCACGAGCACACGGACUCUGGACUGGGAGCUGAUCAGGACUAUGCCUACUCAUCGGAAAGGUCCAGCGACAGCACUCGCUAUGGCACCAACAAGUCCUCGGGCGCCUCGAGCGGAUCGCACCGGAAGUCGGGGGGCAGUGCCGGCGGGAACUACAACAACCUGAUGCAGCAGACCGUGAGUAACCAGCAGCAGCAGCAGCGCUCGCUGUUCGCGCAGCAGCAGCAGCGGCAGCAGAAGAGCACCUACAAAUACGCCACCUCCUCGCCAUCGUCCACUAACCCAGGGAGCUGCUCGGGUCUGGCGCCCGUCCACAACCCGGGCUCGAGUUCCACUCCCAGCCACUCCGGCCCAAACCCCAACAGCGCUACUAACUCUAAUCAACAGUCGCCGGCCAAUCGCCUGCUCCACUACACGACCUUCGAGAACAACCAGUACAAGUUCAGUCUGAACAAUGCGCUGGCCAGGAGCUCCAAGGGCGUGGCGAGUGGCGGAGGCAGCAUUAGCAAUCUGGCCGGCGGCAAUAUGGUAACAUCUGGUGGUGGUGUCGGUGGUCCAGCUUCUCAAGGUGGUAGUGGUGGUGGUGGUGCUUUCAGCCGGCAGCGCAGCUUCGUGGAGUGGCCCAGCAAUCCGGCGUCGCCCUACUAUUACCAGGGUCCUUCCACGCACGUGGCGCAGGUGAAGCGCCGGGAUGCCAAGUCGGAUAUCGGGGUGCCCACCAGGCGGCUCUCCGGACAGAGUCUGACCAAAACGCAACUGCUGACGGGCGGCGGCAACUCGCAGUUGGCCAAUGCCAGCUGUUAUCCAUUGCACUAUGCGAGCAGCAAUGUUUCGGGCGCGGGCUACAAUCGUCCCUUGGGUCAGAGAUCGGGUGGCCAUGGCUCCUCCGGCGCAGGCUUUGGCCUCCAGCCAGCCAAGUCCGACCUCUUCUUGUCCUACAUCCACGGCGGGGAGUACGAGAGACCCUACAUUUACAACUACAAGAUGCCGCAGAUGCCGGCAGGAGUUGGGGCAGGAACAGGAGCCGGGACAGGAGGUGGGGCAGGAGCAGUGGGCUCCCCCAAACAACAGACCACCGCUUACCACAUUUCUGGGUCGCAGACCGCAGAUCCGCCGCCACCCCCUCCCCCGCUGUACGGCGGCACGGCGCCCGCCAACGACGUCAUGUACUAUCAGUUUGACAAAGGAGCCGCCGUCGCUGCCGGACCUCCUUCCACGUCCACCUCCUCGUCCUCGUCGCCGCCCAUUGUCCAGCAGCCGCGACAAACGGGCGGUCCAUUAGUGUAUCUGCAACAUGGCCAGAAUCCAUCUGUGCCCGAGGUGCAGCAGUCAACUAGCGCAAUUCCAAAGCCCGCCGACCAUGCCCCUGCAGCAGGAGUAAACUGCUCCUCGAAUCCGCCGCCCACUGCAUUCUGCAAACUUUGGUUGCAGCAACAGCAGCAGCAGCAGCAGCAGCAACUGCAGCAGCAUCAGCAUCAACAGCAGCAGCAGCAGCAGCAAUCCCAGCAGCAGCAACUCUACGAACAGCAGCAGGCUUGGCUCUAGAAAAGAAUAAACACGCACAACGUGUAAGUGGAAAGUUAAAUGGAAACUACAUGUGCGGGUUCAACAUCAACAAAGCAGGAAAGCAGGAAAGCAGCAGCAACAAUAAACAACAUUUAAAAGCCGCUGGGGCUGAAGUUGGUCCAAAACUUUUCACCAGCACGUUGCGUUUGCAAAUUAAAUGCACAUUAUGCCGACAUGUAAAUAGAUAAUGCUGUAUGUAUAUACCCGAGUUGGGACAGGGAAACUUCAUCGAAAUGCAGAAGAGCAGACCCAGUAAUCUUAAGACGCGAAUAAUCAAAAAGCCAAAAAAGCAAAUGUAUCUCACAGAUAAACAACAGCAAUCGGGGGCCUGUGGCCUGCGGGAUGAGAUGAAAGCAGCAAGUAGCAUAAAAGCAAAAAUAAAUUGUGCGUUAAUGAUAAGCGGCGCACAUUUCAGCGGCAUAAAAUUUAUUAAAAUAUGCGCACAAGCCAGACAACGCGCAAAACUUAGCCACGCCGGGCCCCCAAAAGUAGGCAGCACAAACAGACUCACGCAGACACACACACACACUGGCACACACACACAUACGAACUGGAAAGGACUUCUGCCGGAAAUCGUUGGCGAUAAAUAUAAAAUUUUAUUGUUGUGCUGCGUAUCUGGCGGCAUCUGUAUGUGUGUGUGUGUGUGUUUGCGUGCGCCUGGAAGUAAAUUAAAUAUACGUUUUUAUUAACUACUAAGAACCAAUUUGAUACGCAUUUAAAUAAUGCCUCUUACACAAGAGCACACACAAGAUUAUGUAAAAUUUAAUUUUACUGCAGCGGCAGCAGCAGCAACAAUGAGAAAAGCCAAAUAAAUGUAGAAGCCUAAAUGUGUAUGUAAUUUAAAUAAAAUACAUUCGUAGAAGGACACUCUAGUGUAGCCGCCCCAACUACUUACUUACUUACUUACUUAUGCCAACAACGUCCAACAAUUUCAAUAAUAUUUACGUAAGCGAACACUUUCGACCAUAUACGUUAAGCCCCAUUUAGCUUAGUUUAAUCAUUUGCAACUAAUUUAAGUCUGUCCGUCCGCUGGUCGACCUUUUUGACCUCUGUGACUCGUGAAUUGUGUAAAUGUAAAUAUCCCCUCUGUUAACAAAUAUUACUCAACAAUUUGUGUGGUCAAACUAGAGCUAACGAUUAGGAACGAAUACGGAUACGGAUACGGAAUGCAUAUGAAACAUUAUCGAUUUAACACUUUUACAAUCUAUUGCAUACUGCAUACUGGGUGUAAACUGCAAACGAAAAAGGAAACAUAAAUAUAUACGAUUAAAUGUCUCUAACAAGAUUUUACCAUGAGUGUGUCACUUUUAUAUAUACUAUAUAUAUACAUAUACAUAUAUAUG